GUGGUGGUACGCACCAAAAAGAUGGUUUUAGGUGCGUACCACCACUGCUGGGUAAAAGAUAUCAGCAUUUUAAGUAAUCCAGUUAACGGGAGUUGGAAGCUGUUUGUGCAAUCUGUAUCAAAUAGUAGCCAAGGUAAAUGUAUUCUGAAAGAUUCGUUGGGCAUCGUCUCACUCAAACUCGACCAACAUCAUCUCGUUGAAGUACUAAGAGCUUGUUGCGAUUGGCUCGCCAUUGGCGUCAUGGAUUCAAGUACUGGUGCAAUUGGACUAAGAAAAGAGGAUGAAUUACAGAUCCGGCAUUUCGUGACCAGUCAGCAGCUGACUGCGUGCCAAUUAAGUGUUAAUCAUCAUUCCUUCCCAUUUUUGAGGAAUCUGAAUUGGGCCAAACUUGUUACCCACCGCCUAUAGUAUAUAAAUAGGCGUUGGGAAGCCUAUAAAACAUGAGUUUUCCAAGUACUACAUUAAGAGUAUCAGUUAUAAGCUGCCUAUAGAAUAAUGGUAGCCUAAGGGCAAGAGAGAAAGAUUCUAGGGCUGGGAAAAGUGUUGUGAGAGAAAUCUUGGCGGAUUUUUUGUAUCACAAGCUAAUGAAAUCUUUCGAAGGAUCUCUCCCGAGGA